UUGGUCAGCUGAGUGACGGUCACGGGAUUUGACCAACUCCUGUUUCCUGGAGGAGAGCUAAUAAAUGGACCGAGUGUUAAAAGUCAGUGGUCUCAUUGGCAGGAGAGGAUAUGGAGAAGGAACGAGAGACACUGCAGAUCUGGAAGGAACGUGUGGGACAGGAGCUCGAUAACGUGGUCGCUUUCUGGAUGGAGCAUUCCCAUGACCAGGAACACGGGGGUUUCCUCACAUGCCUUGGCUGCAAUGGGCAGGUCUAUGAUCACCUCAAAUAUGUCUGGCUGCAGGGGAGGCAGGUAUGGAUGUAUUGUCACUUGUACCGCAGUUUUGAGCGCUUCCGCCGUGCUGAGCUUCUGGAUGCAGCAAAAGCAGGUGGUGAGUUUUUGCUGCAUCAUGCCCGUGUGGCACCACCUGCCAAGAAGUGUGCCUUUGUGCUGACUCGGGAUGGCCAUCCAGUGAAGGUGCAGCGGACCAUUUUCAGCGAAUGUUUCUACACCAUAGCCAUGAAUGAGCUUUGGAAAGUAACAGGGGAAACACAUUAUCAGAAUGAAGCUGUGGAGAUGAUGGAUCAGAUCGUCCACUGGGUACAGGUGGAUUCAUCUGAGCUAGGCCAGCCUAGGCUCUCAGGGACCCCUGCGGCAGAGGCCUUGGCAGUGCCCAUGAUGCUGCUCUACCUGGUGGAGCAGCUUGGAGAGGAAGAUAAGGCACUGACCAGCAAGUAUGCAGAACUAGGGGACUGGUGUGCCCACAGGAUUCUGCAGCACAUCCAGAGGGAUGGGAAAGCUGUGCUAGAGAAUAUAUCAGAGGAUGGCAAAGAACUUCCUGGUUGCCUUGGAAGACAUCAGAACCCAGGCCACGCAAUAGAAGCUGGCUGGUUCCUGCUCCAGUAUGCCCGCAGGAAAGGUGACAUCAAACUUCGAAUGCACAUCAUUGACAAGUUUCUCUUGUUGCCUUUCUACUCUGGAUGGGACCCUGAGCACGGAGGCCUCUUCUACUUCCAGGAUGCUGAUGGUUUCUGCCCCACCCAGCUGGAGUGGGACAUGAAGCUGUGGUGGCCACACUGUGAAGCCAUGAUUGCCUUCCUCAUGGGUUACAGUGACAGUGGGGACCCUACCUUGCUAAAGAUCUUCAAUCAGGUGGCUGAGUACACCUUCUGCCAUUUUCGUGAUCCUGAGUUCGGGGAAUGGUUUGGCUAUCUGAACCGAGAGGGAAAGGUGGCCCUCACCAUCAAGGGAGGUCCUUUUAAAGGUUGCUUCCAUGUGCCACGGUGCCUGGCCAUGUGUGAGCAGAUUCUGGAAGCCCUGCUCCGCCGCCUCGGGCCCGCCCCCGUUGUGUGCUCGCCCUCUGUCCCCAGCCUCGGAGGCUCGAAAUAAAUCUGAUCCUGCUCCA